AUGACGUCACCUCUGCCCUUGCUCCGUUCGUUCUCGACCGAAAACCAAAACCGUGACUGGUGCAAGCGAUUCUCGCUCCGCGUUAACCGGAAGAACGCCGCCGAUGGAAGGCUGGACUUCGCUAACUUGCGCAAAAACAAAUUCGCUCGCCGCUGCUCGUCGCUGCGACAGCCCCCGCCGGAGCAGACGAACGUGACCCUCGAGUUGGAAAGCGCCUCGCCAGCCCAUUCGAUGCCGGUCGUACACGAGGUUAAUUCUCCCAAGAAGCCCAAGUGGGAGGUGAUUGAACACUUCAAGAGCACCGGCCGCGGCGGUCAGGAAUCGAUCAGCAGCAGUCUGAUUGCGGCGGGAGUGACGGCGUUCAAUUUAGACGACACCACAUCCAAUUACUCGGGAACGACGUCUCUGCGGAAGAAGAGCUUUCAAAUUUACGGCGCCGUCGCCCCAGAUGAGCUGGAGCCACUGAACAACAAUGGCGACCGCAAUGGCACCGGCAGCAUCGAUGGGGUGUGCGAUACAUCAUGGUGCUGGAGCCACAUCAAGUGUCUGUUUAAUGGAAUCAUUUGCUCCCACAAGUUCAAGAAUGUUCAGGUGGAGAUGCUGUAUCAGCGCUACUUCCUUCGGAUGAACCAGAGCAAUGCAGUGCACAUCGUGUGGCUCCUGUUAGGAUUAAUUUUCAUUUUAGCGUUAAUACAUCUGGUGUUUACCUUCAUCCUGCAGCAGUCACUGGAGAGUUGCCACGGGUUCGAUGGAAUCGAUGGGUGGAACUCAACAACGCCUUCGCCCUUGUCACCGGCGGCGGUUACGGAUCUUUCGGUACCGAGAUUAUCCGAACAACUGGCGGGACUGAUGGUUGCCGCUAAUGGCAGCCGGUCGAACGAAGGUGGACAACCGGAGGUUAUGGUCGGUACCCGCGGAGAAAAUGCCCCCGAUGCCAUUGUCAGUGAUACCGGUUGGUGGGACGGCGGCAGUGGUGACGGGACACGAAGUGAAAGUGAGAUUAGCCCUGGUAGUCGCAAAACCAGGAAGGUUCGUACAAGUGAAAAUUUUCUUGGGAAAUUAUUCUCCAUUGGUGCUGUGGAUUUACUCGACGGUGAAAUUGUCCGGCCUAACGAGGGUAAUGAUAAUGUUAACAAUACUGUAAUUAAUCACGAAGAUUCUUCGCUGGGGGUUCCCGUUCCGCAAGGUGACGUAUGGAAGAGACGGCGGAGAAGAAAACGGCGACGAAGUCGAUGGGAAAGCGAUAAUGAAGACAAUCCUGCAGCAGCAGCUGCAGCAGCAGCGGGGCAGUCCGACGAAGGGGAGAUAAUCACCGUGGAUGAAGAAAGCUUCCUUGCCGACGGCGGCGACGACGGCGGCUCUGAGAGUGGCUCCCCCGAUGAUGAUGAUGAUGAUGCAACCGUAGACGCAAACGGUAACGAUGGCAAUGUUACCGAACGGCGGCGGCUUUACUUUCCAAACAACCUGGCAACUCCACUGGAGCUGGAGCUGGAGCUGAAGAAUAGAACCGACUACGGUGCCGGCGAGGGAAACGACAGCCAGCCACCAGCGAGCCUAUGUAGUCGCGAUUACUUCACCCUGCUGAAGGACAACAUGACCCAGCUGAUCCUGAUAGGGGUCUGCGCCACGGUUUAUGCCCUGCUGCUGAUGUGUCUGUACAAGCAGCGGAUCAACGAAAUUUACCUGUUCCAGGUGUCGUACGUCGUUAUGGCGACUCUGCUGGCGCUAGACGUGUGCUUCAGCUUCACCACUUCUGCCAAAAAAUUCACCUCAUCCGGAGGCUGCACCGUGAUUGCGAUUUACAUCAUCUACACGAUGCUCCCGAUUCGGUUGCGGGAGGCGGUCGUGGGUGGCACUUUGCUGUCCCUGUCACACGUCCUGCUAACAUUCCACAUGAACGAUACCGACGAUCAUGAUGUGCUGUACGCCGACCUAAUUACGCUGGCCUGCACCAACGCCACCGGAAUUCUGCUGCACUGGCCGAAGGAGAAAUCCCAGCGAAACGCAUUCAUGGAAACGCGACAGUGUGUCGAAGCGCGGCUUCGAAUCCAGCGGGAAAAUCAAAAGCAAGAGCAACUGCUCCUGUCGGUGCUGCCACGGCACGUGGCAAUGGAAAUGAAGAACGACAUCGCCGGACAACCGCGCGAGGAAGCCCAAUUUCACAAGAUCUACAUCCAGCGGCACGAGAACGUUAGUAUCUUGUUUGCGGAUAUUUGCGGUUUCACCAGCCUGUCGGACCAAUGUACCGCCGAAGAGUUGGUUCGGUUGCUGAACGAACUGUUCGCGAGGUUCGAUCGACUGGCACAGGAGCAUCACUGUUUGCGCAUCAAACUGCUAGGCGAUUGCUACUAUUGUGUUUCCGGAUUGCCGGAAGCGAGACCCGACCACGCGAUGUGUGCUGUCGAGAUGGGCCUGGAUAUGAUUGAUGCGAUCGCGCUGGUGAGAGAGGUGAUGGCAGUAAAUGUGAACAUGCGAGUGGGUAUCCACACGGGGCGGGUGCACUGCGGUGUGCUGGGCUUACGGAAGUGGCAGUUCGAUGUGUGGUCUAAUGAUGUGACAUUGGCAAACUACAUGGAAAGUGGAGGUGUUCCCGGAAGGGUUCACAUCACGAAGGAAACACUGAACUCGUUGGGUGACCAUUAUGAGGUUGAAGAAGGGAAGGGAGCCGAAAGAAACAACUACCUGAAAGAUCAUCAAAUUCAAACUUAUCUGAUAGUUCCUAAGGAAUCAUACAGAGCGCAUACCAUGUCCAAGCAGUCAUCAUCCGUCAAUGGAAACAUUUCCAAGGAACUGCGGAUGAUGGGACACUGGUCUAAGAUGGGUUUCAACGAUAAGCAGGAACCGAAGAGUACCGAAGAGGAGGUUAACGAGUAUCUAAUUAAGGCGAUCGACGCCCGGUCGAUCGAUAGGCUUCGGCUGGAUCACUGUAAGCGUUUUCAUCUCACCUUCAUCAAGGAGGACAUCGAACGGAAGUACUGCCGCGAGCCGGAUCCGAUGCUGAAUGUGUACUUCUACUGCAGUAUUAUAAUAUUCUUCGGGAUCAUGUCGAUCCAGGUGCUAAUAUUCUCAAUGGACCAAUAUAGCUACUGGGUGUAUGGCUUCCUAACCAUCGCUCUACUAGUGUCUUGUGUUCCUGUCUUCUCGCGAGAAGAUACAAAUAUCUCCAAUUUCUUCCGUGUGAUAUCUCAGAAGAUCCACGGGCACCGGGAGGUUGCACAAGUGAUAUCGCUAUGCGUUGUUGUUACUGUGAUAUGUUUGUCUUACUACAAACUGACUUUCAUUUUCUACCUAUCGCUAUCAAAUGAAUAUUUUAUAGUACGGCCUAAUAACUGUAAAGAAUCUAAAAUUUUCAAUAUUCUUCUACUUCUAACCUUACUUGCCUUACUGACCUGUGCGGUCCAUCAGUUCAUUAAGAUUCUGUUCAAAAUCAUCCUACUGGUGGCAAUCCUGGUCUGUUAUGUAGCUUCCAUCGUCGUUUUAGCGCUUAUUUUCGACCGCCACUGUGAACCUUGGUUCCUGACCACCGAACGGUUUCUGAUCGAUGUGGCGUUUUUGGUGGUGUUUGUGAUUGGCCAAAUCAUGCACAGCCAGCAGACCGAAAUUACCCGCCGCUUGGAUUACAUCUGGAAGCUGCAGGCCACCGAGGAGAAGGAGGACAUGGAGCACCUGCAGGCGUACAACCGGAAGCUGCUGGCCAACAUCCUGCCGGUGCACGUGGCCGACCAUUUUCUGCGGCGGGAGAAAAACAUCGAGGAAAUCUACCACGAACAGUGCGACAAGGCGUGCGUGAUGUUCGCUUCCAUUCCAAACUUUUCCGAGUUUUACAUCGAACUAGAGGGUAACAACGAAGGGGUCGAGUGUCUGCGGCUGCUGAACGAAAUCAUCGUCGACUUCGACGAGCUGCUCGCCCAGGAACGGUUUCACCAUGUGGAGAAAAUUAAAACGACCGGAUCGACCUAUAUGGCCGCAUCCGGGCUAACGCUGGGCAGUUCCGAUACGGCCGAAUCGGGCCACGUGGUCGCCAUGUUGGACUACGCACUGGAAUUGUUUCAGAAAAUUACCGACGUCAAUGAGCAUUCCUUUAAUAAUUUUAGGAUGAGAAUAGGAAUUAACAUCGGUCCGGUGGUGGCUGGAGUGAUUGGGACGCGUAAACCGCAGUAUGACAUCUGGGGUAAUGCCGUAAAUGUGGCCUCCCGUAUGGAUUCGACCGGUGUGAUGGAUCACAUUCAGGUGACGGAGGAUAUAUUCGAAAUCGUCAAGGACAAAGGUUACAAUCUGACCUGCCGGGGGACGAUCAACGUAAAAGGCAAGGGAACAAUGGUUACCUAUUUGAUGCCAGGAAUUUCCAAAGAACCGAACUAA